AUGUCGGGUUUCGCUCACAAGGCCGAGGAUGCUAUGCAUUUCCACCGUCACGACCAGAACAAGCCCGCUGACCAUGAAAGAGAUGUCUCGCAACCUCAUGCCCCUACUGUAGACAAAGGCUCUCAUGGUCAUCAGCAUCACCACGAAGGUCAACAUUUGAGCCAAGAAGAGAGGGAUCGUGCCAAUUUCGACGCUGCUCGACACUUCGAUCAUGCAACUAAGAAUAGCCAUGGUGCCGGGAUUGGCUUUGAAGAAUAA